CCCGCAUCCGCGUCCCGAUCAUGAUCGAAGCGCCACAAUCCCGGUGGGCUGCGCCGCCGACUUGACUGUGCCUGUGGCUGCGGGCAGACGACUCAACCCCUACGCCCAUCACAUAUCAUACGUACCUGCUGAUUUACUCUGGUCUCUAUCUCAAAAACAUGGCCGUCAAUGCUAACGAAGACACCGAGUUCAAUGAUGCUCUCCGGAAACAUGGCAUCCUCCCGCCGCGACCGCCUACACCACCCUCGCCCUCACCGCCGGCCUCACCUUCACUCUCAGAGCAGCUCGAGGACAUCAGCGACGAUGAGCUGCGCGACCUUGCUGAGGACGUGAACAAUGACGAGACCGAGCGGAUGAUCGAGAUGAUCCGCAAGCAGCGGCUCGAAGAGGACCGGAGAAGGGCAAAGGCACGGUUCGGGAGGGUGUACCCGAUUGGGCGGGACGACUACACGAGAGAGGUGACCGAGGCGAGCAAGGUCGCACAAGAGGGCAAGCCGGAAGGCCAUGGUACGGGUGUGGUGUGUUUCUUGUACAAGGACGGCAUACCACGGAGUGACGUUGCUUUUGAACAUAUCCGUGUCCUCGCGCAGAGGUAUCCGGACACCAAGUUUGUCUCCAUCGUCGGCGACAAGUGCAUCCCCAACUUGCCUGACACGCGCAUACCCAUGAUCAUCAUCUACCGCAACGGCGACGUGAUCAACCAGAUUGUCGCCUGGGGCGCAGACCGCGAACGCAUAAUCGAAGAGCUAGAAGCUGUUCUGCUCCUUGCGGGCGCUAUCACCCCGCAGGAAAUACCGAAACGCGGCCGCAACCGGCGGGGGGAUGGCUCUGAUGAAGACGAUGCGAGCGACGAGGAGCCGUCCUCGCGGAUGCGUUCCGCGGGCACGCGGACGAACAGGACGAGCGGCAAGAAUAUACGGCAGAAAGAGGAAGACUCGGACUCAGACUUCGAUUUGUGAUCCUUAGUGAUGGUGUACGUAUCAGCGGUGAAGUGAUGAACGUGUAAUGUCUAUCGAGCAGCCGCGUCGGUACGAGCCAACUCUUGGGGCAGUUGACUCUGACGGACGAAAGGUGAUGGGGCUGCCAACCCAGA